AUGGGGAGAGGACCACAAGUAUUAAUUAUCGCCACAGCGGCGCUGCUCUGUUGCAGUAUCACGCCGACUAGUGCUCUGAACAUGAGCGAUGUCUGUUUGCUGGUGAAACAUGACACAUUUGUGGCGAGCCCCUCCGAUUGCCAUAGCUAUUAUACCUGUGUGGGUGCAACGGCUCAGCUGUACUCGUGUCCCACCGGCUAUGGUUUCAGCAAGGACAGCCAAGCAUGUGUGCCUGCGCAAUCGAUCUGUGGAGCGUCAUCCGCAUCGAGUGCUUGCCAGAACGCUGUAGUCGGUACCUACCAGGCUGUUCAAAACUCCUGCAAUUCUUUCUGGUACUGCAGCGCUUCCGGGCCACUACAGGGCUACUGUCCCACUGGGGAUAACUUCAAUCCAACUACGCAAUCGUGCGACCUUGCCUCAGAUUAUAGCUGUCCCUGGACAGAGACCGAUGCGAGCGACGCAUCUGGUGAGACCAUCAACUUGUGCAGCAUCAUUCCGAAUGAUGUGUUCUUUGGCAAUCCCACAAGCUGCAGCAACUGGCUGUAUUGUGAUCAGGGUACUCUUAAAAAUGGCACAUGCCCCAAGGGCUUUGUCUUCAAUGUGGCUACUGGAACGUGCGACUAUGCUGUUGACACAACAUGUAGCCAAGUAACAAAUGCCGCUGGCCUCAUUGAUUAUGCUGGAUUUAAUUGCAAAACUGCCGGAGACAUGAUUGCGGCAUCAGCAUGCAACCAAUACUACACAUGCUCAUCAUCUAAGGUGUACGUCCUAAAUACAUGCGCCUCCGGGCUUUAUUUCGAUACCGUAAGCCAGAAGUGUAUAACACGCGCGAGCGCCCAAAACAAUUGUGACCGCUGCCUGGGAUCAACAAGCCAAUUCGUAAAUUCCUACGGUUCAAAUUGUACCUCGUAUCUGACCUGCAAAAAUGGCGUACAAUUUGGCUCUGUACAGACCUGUCCCACUGGACACCCAUUCUUCAAUGAGAAUGACGGGCUUUGUGAAUUGACCAACCCUCAAUUUACUUUCUGCUUCAAUAUCGCAACCGUACCCACUUAA